ACUGACUGUCGAAAAAGGCAUGUUUGUCUCCUGUUAGGUAGCUAACACGUGAAAAUUAUGUGAAAAAGUGGAUAUCGGUAUAAAGUGGAAAUUGUGAAACAUGGCACUUUAUAUGAAAGCAGCAGAGGUCCUCGAUAAAGUGGAGAAAAAAAAGGGAGCUGUGAAAACUCUGGUUUACGAGAGUAAAUUCCAGAAUAUCAAGCAGCUCUUUGCCCUCGUUUGUGAGACUCAGAAGUAUUCACCGGUACUUCAAGAAAUUAUCGAGACUACGCAACUUCUGAAGGAAACAAAACUCCGAAUUAAUUUAGCAAAGGUUUUAGUGUACGAUUUGCUCAUCGGACGAGGACUAAAAUGCGGAGGCGCCUGGAAGGCGAUGCUCUUGAAACACCGAUCCAGACUCCAUGCUGCUUUGGCGCGAAUGAAGGUCAAGCACAAAGUGAGCCGACACCAGGACUUGCUUCCCCCAAGUGUGCAGCACACCAGCGGUGUCGGUGUUCCGCGUUAUGUGCGCGUAAACACACUAAAAACGACUGUAGAAGAUGUCAUUGAUUAUCUGAAAAGAGCGGGAUAUUCAUAUCAAGGAACAGCUACGUGCCUUGAGGACUUGUGCCAUCUCUCUGGGAAAAUGUUUGUGGGUGACCUGCAUCUCAGAGAGCUUCUGGUGUUCAGUGCAAAAAUGGACUUCCAUGAUCAUUACUUGUAUAAAGCAGGUCACAUUAUCCUGCAAGACAAGGCCAGUUGCCUCCCUGCAUAUCUCCUGGACCCACCAUCUGGAGGCCAUGUGAUUGAUGCCUGUGCAGCUCCUGGGAAUAAGACCAGUCAUCUCGCAGCCAUCAUGAAGAACAAGGGUAAGCUGUUUGCCUUUGACCUUGAUGCGAAGCGCCUGUCCACCAUGAGCAUUCUUCUCCUUCGUGCUGGAGUAACGUGUCAUCAGCUGGCCAAUGAGGAUUUUCUCAAGGUAGAUCCACUGUCCCCCAAGUACAAGGAAGUGAAGCACAUCCUUCUUGAUCCAUCCUGCAGUGGAUCAGGAAUGGUGUGCCUGGCUACUGCAGGCUCCCAGGAGCCACAGGGCCAAGACAGUGAACGCUUGCAGGCACUGUCUGCGUUCCAGCUGCGCUGCCUGAACCAUGCACUGCAGUUUCCUGCUCUUGAGCGGCUUGUCUACUCCACCUGCUCCGUCUUCUCGCAGGAGAACGAGGAGGUCGUGUCCGCUUGCCUUCAGCAAAACCCUGGAUUCAGAUUAGUCCAUCUUCUUCCUCAGUGGCCCGAACGGGGAAAUGCCCCGCUGGCACAGUGUCUGCGGGCCAGCACUACAAAAACCCUCACUCAUGGUUUCUUUGUAGCCAUUCUGGAAAGGCAGUCCACUGCAAGUGAAGGCAUCCACGUGUCGCCCACUGGCAUAGCGUUGAGCACAAGUGCCCCCUCUGGUGGCAAAGAGGAGGUAACGCAGAAAUCCUGCACUCCCUGUGAGCCAGCUAAGACUUCUGUGGAAGAACGUCAGCAUUUUACUGCAAAAAAAAACAGGAACAGAAGGAAACGGACAAAGCAGCAAGCAUAAGAGUUUUCUAUUGUGAUAUUAACAGUUAACUAUGUAUGAUGCAUUUUAUUUGACAAAGCCAUGUCAAUGCAUCGUCAGUGCCUGAAUAAUCAGGGUUUAUUAAGUCUUGAUAUCAUCAACAAGAAGGAAGUCCAUGAAACAGCUUGAGCUUUCUGAGACUCCCUUAUUUUGGAACAGGAGCAUCUAAAAUUAUGACUCUGCAUGUUUGUAUGUGUUUACACACAUCUUGGUUAUGGUUAACUGAUCUGUGGACUGGAACCAUUAUGAGAUGCUGUAUGAAUUCAUCUUGCAAUAAAUGUCACAGCUCUGUAGUAGUAAUCCAAGCAAAAA